AGAAUGGAGAAAACUACUAAAACCAAAAAAAAAAUCCUUUAUUAUGUAAAAGUUUUUUGAGGGAAAAGGAAAAAAAAAGGUUUGGAAUGAGAAAUGGAUACAAUAAAUCCAUUGAAAGACCAACCUCAUUCAAUUCCCUUGAGGAAGUUAUUGCUUUGGGCUUUGUUUGCUCUUCUUCCUAUAGUAACUUUUUAUCACUUAAUUGCCUUUCCUUUUCCUCACUCACUUUCUCAAUCUAAACAAUCACUAGUCAUCACCACAUCAUCUUCAACUCCAUCAAAAGAAAUAGGAAAUGCUAGUGUAGAAAUUUCAUGUGACUAUAGCGAUGGCAAUUGGAUUCAAGACAAAUUAGGCCCUUUAUACACAAAAUGUAACACUAUCAAAGAGGGCCAAAAUUGUAUAACACAUGGUAGACUUGAUAAUGACUAUCUUUAUUGGAGAUGGAAGCCAAAUAAUUGUCAACUUCCAAGAUUUGAUCCAAAAAAAUUUCUUCAACUCUUCAAAAACAAGAAUUUAGCAUUUGUUGGUGAUUCACUAGCUAGAAAUCAAUUGGAAUCAUUACUUUGUAUGUUAUCCACUUUUAGUCCUCAUGACUUAGUUUUUAGUCAUGGUGAGGAAAAUAAGUUUAGGAAAUGGCAUUUUCCUUCACAUAAUGUUAAUAUAUCAAUAUAUUGGUCACCUUUUUUAGUUAAAGGGGUUGAAAAAUCUGACAAGACAUAUUAUAAUACUUUGUACUUGGACUCUGUUGAUGAGAAAUGGGCUAAAGAUUUAGGACAAAUGGAUUUGGUUGUGUUUUCAAUUGGACAUUGGUAUUUGCUUUCAGCAGUUUAUUUUUAUGGUGACAAAGUACUAGGUUGUCAUUCUUGUCCUGGUUUGAAUUACACUGAGGUUGGAUUUUAUGAUGUUUAUGGUAAGGCAUUUGAGACAACUUUUAAGACAAUUCUUGAUAGAAGGGGUGGUGGCAAAGACAAACUUGAUGUGAUUGUGACAACAUUUUCACCAGCACAUUUUGAAGGUGAAUGGGAUAAAUAUGGGGCAUGUUCUAAGACAAAGCCUUAUGAUGCUAAGGAGAAGGAGAAACUUGAAUGGAUGGACGCGGAGAUGAGGGAAACAUCCAUUAAACAAGUGAGUAUUGCCAAAAAGGAAGGUCAUGAUGAGAAGAAUGUGGUGAGGUUUGAGGCAGUGGAUGUGACUAAGUUGGCAUAUUUGAGACCUGAUGGUCAUCCUGGACCUUAUAUGCAUCCUUUUCCAUUUGCUAAUGGGAUUCAAGAACGCGUUCAGAAUGAUUGUGUUCAUUGGUGUUUGCCAGGGCCUAUUGAUACAUGGAAUGAGAUUUUGAUGCAAGUCAUGAUCAAGAAAAUGGACAAGCUAAGAUAGUUUAGUGAAGAGAGUUUUUACUUUUACUAGUCACUAUAUGUAUGUUGAUUUUUCCAGAUUCUUGUCCAUUGAGUAAUUUUUUUUGUUUCCCUUGGAGAGCCAAAGAAAGGAAUUCGGAUUUGUGUCACUUAGGGUCCAUAAAAGGAGAAACGCACGCUAUCAGACUUCUGGUUCAGAGUUGAGAGAUCUCUUCUCAUCCAUUUCACUACAUCCGUGUGAUUUUUUUAUUACUUGGAUAGAAUAAUGUGAAAGAAUUGAAUAGAAGAUUUAGAUUUUGAAGAAAUGUAGAAUCUAGAGAUUUGUUUUAUGUAUUAUGAUUUUCUUGAAAUGGAGUCUCAAAUUUGUAACUCAUUCAUGUCAUUGUAACACCAUUAGUUGGUCACA